UCUAAAAAUAAAGGGCGUAGUGGUCUUAAAAUUUGAGCAGCUGAAGUGGUAAUGCCAUAUCAGUUCCAAUAUAAAUUAGGUUGAUAUAAUGUACUGUAGUUUUUUUUAAAGUAUUACAGAUUCCGUUUAUGGUCACUAGCGCCAUCUUUGUGCUAGAGUCAUGCUGUGUGCGAGGAGCGCGUCCUGUUCUCUGAACAGAAAAUGACUUUCUCGUCUUCUAGCUUGCUGCUGAAAAUAGAUAGAUAAACGCAAGUCAUAUGAAGUUGGCUCUUAGGUGCCUUUUUGUGCUAUUUUAUGAAGCGGCAGAUCAGCUAGCUCAGAGUGUGUUUACUAUAAUGGACAGUGAGACGUAUCAUAGUUGCUGCAGCCUCGACAAAGUGCCAAGGCAGUUAUGCGCUUCACAUUUUGUGGACUACAUUGACAAAGAAUUGAACUAUUCAAAGUUCUUCAAAAGGCACUUGCUUCCCAACCAACCAUGUAUGUUUUCAAGAAGUUUUACUGAAGAAUGGAGGUGUAGGAAACAGUGGGUGACUGAAGAUGGGAAACCUCAUUUCCAGAAACUACUCCAAGAGUUUGAUGAGACUCCAGUUCCAAUUGCAAACUGUAAUGCAAAGGAAUACAAUGCAAACCCCAAACAAAUUAUGCCUUUUAAAAAGUUCAUUCACUACUGGAAGGAAUACAUUCAGAAUGGCCACUCGUCACCCAAAGGAUGUCUCUACUUGAAAGACUGGCACAUGUCAAGGGACUUUCCUGAGCAUGAUGUCUACAGCACACCCGUGUUCUUUUCCUCUGACUGGCUCAAUGAGUACUGGGAUACACUUCAAGUGGAUGACUAUCGGUUUGUCUACAUGGGACCCAAAGGUUCUUGGACCCCAUUCCAUGCCGACGUGUUCCGCUCCUAUAGUUGGUCGGCGAAUAUCUGUGGCAGAAAGAAAUGGCUCCUCUAUCCCCCAGGGCAGGAGGAGUUUUUACGAGACACUCACGGCAACCUUGCUUAUGACAUAACUGCACCCGAUCUCCAUGACAAGGACCUCUUCCCACACUUUCACAAAGCCUGUCAGCCUCUUGAAAUCAUCCAAGAAGCAGGUGAAAUCCUUUUUGUGCCAAGCGGUUGGCAUCAUCAGGUUUAUAAUCUGGAGGACACCAUCUCCAUUAAUCACAAUUGGCUAAAUAGCUGCAACGUUGACAUUAUGUGGCAAUUCCUUCAAAACGAGUUGUCCUCUGUUCAAAAAGAGAUAGAAGAGUGGAGAAACACCAUGGACUCUUGGCAUCAGCACUGCCAGGUCAUCAUGAAGUCUUGCACUGGUAUUGACUAUGGGGAAUUUUUUUCUUUUCUGAAAAUCAUUUCUGACAACCGCAUGUCUUUCCUGCGGGCUUGCUCCUCAGGGAACUCAAGCGAUGACCCAAGGCAUGUCUCAGAUAAGCUCACCGCACUUGGAAGUUACCAUGCUGCCUUUGACCUUCAAAGAGUGGCUCAUAUUCUUGAAUGUCUACUGUGCAAUGAGGACUUUACGAGACUGGAUCAUUCGAACCACACCUUACAACCUGAAAGCCUGUUGCAGAAAAUUCAUGAGGCCAUACACUCCACUAGGGGGCAGCAUCUACCUUCUCAGGAAUAGGAUAUACGUACUACAGCGCUGAAUGUGCAAUUUAACCUGGCGUUGGCUUGAAUAAAAAGUGCAAUUUUGCAAGUUGUGUUGAUAAGGGUAAUGCAACGUAUUUUAAAUUCUAGGAUGCGCCAUAAUCGCAACUGUGGCUGCAAAUGUUGCAUAUGUAUGUAAUACAUUAAAAUAUUUAAA